AUGAGCUCGAUUACUCAUUUUGAGGACAUUAAAAAGAGCAGUUACGAAACUAGAAAUCCCUCGAUCAAAGGUCGGGCCUCUACGUUUACAAGGGAAUUUACAAAAGACACCGAAUUUAUUGAACUGGAAUCCCACUGUAUGGGCAAAGUGAGGUGUGAUCAGGACGUAAUUAUUCGGCCUCCAUCGCCCCAUUACUCCGAUCUGAUCCGGAUAUGCAACAACAAAUCACCCUUUUUCGGUCCAGUGCGCCCACGACUAAUUCACACCAUCUACGUAGCAUUGCACACCCAAAGCUGCAUGGCUAGUUCAAUGUAUCCUGAUGUCCUCGAGCUAGACAUUUGA